AUGGGCAAACGUGGCGUUGGCCGGCCAAGGCUUGCGGUGGCGGCGCGACGGAAAGGGGAGGAGCGAACAAUAGUGACUCAAGCGAUCAUGGAAUCAAAAGAGCAGCAAGUAGGGGACCAUGAAAGACAAGACACAUUGGAAUCACAAGAACACCAAGCAGGAGAACAUGAAGGGCAAGACGCCACUCGUAAGGAAAAGGAGAUACCGGAUAUGGAACCUCCUAUGUCGAUGGAGAGCGAGAUCGAAAUGCCAGGGGUUGAGGUGCCAGAGACUGUGCAACUAAGGAAACCCUGGGUAGAUGUCAUAAGAGGUAAUAGAAGAAUCAAUAGAGCGGUGAGUAUGGAGUAUAUCCCACCCACGAUUGUCGAUGGCGAAGUGGAAGUAAAAAUUGAAGAAUCUGAUGUUGAAGACGAGCUCGAGUUUUGGUCGAAUUCGAUUAUAUUGUUUGCCCUAGGAGAUUCUCUGUCAAUGAAUGCAAUCAAGAAGUUCAUGGAGAAGAAUUGGAACUCGGUUUCGCUACCAGAGCUGUAUUACAAUGAGGAAGGAUAUUUUAUUGUGCGAUUCAGGAACCAAGAGGAUAGAGAACAUGUGCUAGCUCAGGGCCCGUAUUUCAUUUAUGGGAAGCCAUUGUUCUUAAGACAAUGGAGCUCAGAUUUUGAGAUGAAAGAGGACAUAUUGCGGGUUAUGCCGUUGUGGGUCACAUUUCCCCAAUUGCCCCUCCACCUGUGGGGAGAGAAAUGCUUGGCUAAGAUAGCAAGCUCCAUUAGAAAACCAAUUACAAUGGAUGAAUGUACAACAAAGAAGCUAAGGGUCUCAUAUGCCCGAAUGUUGGUGGAGGUAGAUGUUACACAAAAACUUCGAAACAGCAUCAACAUCAGGGAUCAUAACAACAAGCUUGUCCAACAAUGUAUUGAGUAUGAAUGGGUACCCAAAUAUUGCCAUAAAUGCCUGAAAAUAGGGCAUGACUGUGCACUGAAGAAGCCAAUGAACCACCAAGUCAAGAAGAUAUGGCAACCAGUUGGGAAUUUACAGAAGUCAGAGCCUUCCCAAGGGGACCAAACUCAAAGGGGAGAGGUUCAGCCAGUCAUAAUGGUAGCAGAGAAACCAAUAGAAGAAGAGGGUACUAGCACAGACUGGACUAUGGUGGCAGAAAAGGACAGAGAGACUAGAGUUAAAGAAGAUAAGGCUGCUGGAAUAAGAAGAUAUUAUGAAAAUAAGUGGUGUUUUGAAGAUAACUAUGACGAACACUAUAAUGGUAGGAUCUGGCUUCUGUGGAAUAAAGCUGAAGUGAUUAUUAGGAUGAUUCAAGUCCAUGAACAAUUUCUGCACUUUGAGGUUUAUGGAAUAGAUAACUCCUUUCGAUAUGUUGCUACAAUGAUUUAUGCCUUCAAUCAAGUGGAACAUAGGAAAACAUUGUGGAGCAAGUUGGAAAGUCUGGGAAGCAGUAUGGAUAGGCCCUGGGUUGUCAUUGGGGACUUUAAUAAUGUCUUGAAGGAGGAGGAUAGAAUUGGUGGGCAACCAGUUAGUUAUGCAGAAUAUAGAGAUCUAGAUGAGAUGAUGCACAAUGUUAGCUUGUUUGAAAAUGUUUCCAAAGGAAGCUACUUCACCUGGUCCAACAAACACACCCAAGGAAUCAUCCACUCAAGAAUUGAUAGAAUGGUGUCUAACAUCCAGUGGUUGCAGAAGUAUCCUGAUGCUGUAGUGGAAAACUUGGCACCUAAUAUUUCUGAUCAUACCCCUGUCAAAGUUAGUGUUAGCCAACAGCAGAUAAGGAAGGGAUCGAUGUUUAAAUUCCUGAAUUGUAGUGUUAAAGAGCCUACCUAUAUGCAGAUUGUGAAGAACAGUUGGCAAGAAGAGGUGAUAGGUAAUAACAUGUAUAGAUUAUGGAGGAAAUUAUUGAGACUGCAACCGAUUCUGAAGAAGCUGAAUUCCCAAUACUCAGACAUUCAGGACCAAAUCCAGAAAGCCAGACAAUUGCUUCUAGACGAACAGAAGGAUCUCCAAAAUAAUUUGUUUGAUGUGCAAAGUAUUGAGAGAGUGAAGCAGUGUACUGAGAACCUCAUCCAUUUGAACCAAACAGAGGAAAAUAUAUUGAAGCAGAAAGCCAAGGUGAAUUGGUUACAACUAGGAGAUGGUAAUAAUGCUUUUUAUCAUGCUUAUGUGAGGGACAGAAACAAGCAAAAGGGGAUGUAUACUUUGGAGUCUGUAAAUGGAGGUAGCCUAAGCAAACCAGAAGAUAUAGAAGAAGAAGUUUUGCAAUUCUAUGACAAACUGGUAGGUACUAAAUCCCUGAACCUGAGAUGUAUCGAUAUUACCACUGUAAGGAAUGGUAAAACUCUUGAUAGAGAGAGUGCUUGUCAGCUGAUAAGACCUGUUGAGGAAGGGGAAGUGUGGAGUGCUCUGAAAAGUAUAGGCCAGAAUAAGGCACCAGGGGUGGAUGGAUUCAACGCUUACUUCUUCACAGCUACAUGGCAAAUUGUGAAAAAUGAUGUGACAGCUGCAGUUAAAGAAUUUUUUCAUAAUGGAAAGAUGCUGAAGGUUUUUAACUGCUCCUUGGUAACUCUUAUCCCCAAAAAUCCUGAUGCUAAAACUGUUAAGGAUAUGAGGCCUAUAGCUUGCUGUAGUACAAUUUACAAGAUUAUAUCAAAAAUCCUAACAACUAGACUGGGUAAGGUGAUCAGUAAGCUGGUGGAUGAAUCACAAUCUGCUUUUGUUCCAGGUAGACACAUACAGGACAACAUCAUCUUGGCUCAAGAACUGAUCAAAGGGUAUAACAGGAAGAAUAUUUCUCCGAGGUGCAUGGUUCAGAUGGAUAUUCAAAAGGCGUAUGAUACGAUUGACUGGAAUGCUUUAGCUCAGAUUAUGCAAGAGAUGGGAAUACCUCAGAUGUUCAGAAAUUGGCUUAUCGACAUGUGUUUUGCUGAUGAUAUUGUGAUUUUUGCGAGAGGGGAUGUUGGUUCUCUUCAACUCAUUAUGCAGGUGGUGGAAAAAUUCACUAACUCAACUGGCUUGCAAAUGAGCAUUCCUAAAAGCAAGCUAUUUGUGGGAGGGGUAGAUGGCAUAACUAAAGGAAACUUGCAGCAAGCGACUGGAUUCUCUUUGGGGAAGCUUCCAGUCAAGUAUCUUGGAGUGCCUCUGAACAGUAGAAAGCUCACCAUCAACAAUUGUCAAGGGUUGCUAGAUAGAAUGACUGUUAGAAUUAACCAUUGGUGUAGCCGUCUUUUGUCGUAUGCAGGUAAAUUACAGUUGGUGAGAAAUGUGAUGUUUGCUAUAGCCAAUUAUUGGAUGCAAAUUUUUCUUCUACCCAAAAAGAUCAUUAGGCUCAUUGAAAGCAUGUGUAGAAGAUUCAUUUGGGCUGGAAAUGACGAGAAGAGUAAAAGAGCGCCGGUGGCCUGGGACCAUGUUUGUGAUUCGAUUGCAAAUGGUGGAAGGAACAUCAUAGCCUUAGGGGAGUGGAAUAAAGCCACCAUUGGCAAGCUUCUCUGGAAUUUGAGCGAGAAGAAGGAUAAAAUGUGGGUUAAAUGGAUGCAUAUUUACUACUUGAAGAAUGGAGUGAUUGAGGAAUACCAGCCCAACAACAACAGUUCAUGGUUGAUGAAGUCCAUGUGUAAACAUAAAGCUGAAUUGAUGUCUAAUGAUAUUUGGGUUGAAUUCCAGGCUAAUAAUAUGUAUAGCACUCGAAGAAUGUAUCGGCAUCUGCGUGGGGACAAGCCAAGAGUUGAUUGGAGGAGGUUAAUGUACAUAAACAUGGCUAGACCAAGGGCUGUUUUUACUCUUUGCCUGGUCUGUCAGGACAGAUUGCAAACCAAAGACAGAUUGAUGAAACACGGGACUUAUACUGAUGGGAAUUGUCUGUUUUGUGAUGUGCAGGAAAAUAGAUGCCAUUUAUUCUUUGAGUGUGCAAUCACAAAGAAGAUUUGGAAGGAGAUUCUUAAUAGGCUUGGGCUUGGUUAUAUCCAUAUUGAUUGGAAUGAGCAUACUGCUUGGCAACAAGCCAAAGGGAAGGGCAACAAAAUGCGUAUUUUCAAAGCUGCGCUGGCUGAAACGGUAUACCACAUUUGGUGGGUGAGAAACAGGAUUUGUUUCCAACAGGGGAGGAAGGAAGAGCUUCAAAGCCAACAUAUUCAUGACAUACUUAUGGAUAGAUUUAGAAUGAAUAGAAAAUUGACAGCGUAUUGUAAUAGCCUUUAG